AUGAUCACACCUGACACGGUCGCUCGCAUCCAUUGGGCAACGUAUUUGUUAUUUGCUGCUAUGAACGCCAUCUUCAUCCCGCCCAUGUACUUCUUCUACCCCGAGACUGCGGGUCGCUCUUUGGAGGAGGCUGAUAUUAUCUUCGCUAAGGGCUACCGCGACAACAUUAGCUAUGUCAAGGCGUUGCCUGAAUGA